AUGGUCGGGGGAAAGUCUCCUGGUCACGACGGUCUCAGCAUCGAGCACCUCAAACAUGCCGGUGUUCAUCUACCCAGAGAAUACUCCGGUAUAUGCUUGCUUCCUGACAUACUUUGGGAGAAGGUCAGGGAAGCGGGCGUACCAUCAGAGUUGACGAGCCUGUUCCAGUAUUGGUACUCGAACCAAUGUAAUCAGGUGCGUUGGGGUAGCACUCUCUCUGAGCCGUACAGGUUGGAGUGCGGGGUGAGGCAGGGGGGGUUAACCUCGCCUAAGCUCUUCAACCUGAACAUGAAUGAAUUGAUCGUUGAGCUCAGCAGUAAGCAUGUCGGGUGCAAGAUUGAUGGCACCAGUAUCAAUAACAUUAGCUAUGCUGAUGACAUGGUGCUGCUGGGCCCAACGGCUGGCUCAAUCAGAGAGAUGCUGCAGACUUGCGAGAGGUAUGCAGCCACUCACGGUCUGCAAUAUAAUACGGGUAAAAGUGAAUACUUGAUCUUUGAGGCCCCCGGGAGGUGUGUGGCGUAUGAACCUGUAAUCUCACUAAAUGGGAGGCCACUCAAUAGGGUUAAACAGUUUAAGUAUCUGGGCCACUAUCUGACCGUGGACCUCAAAGAUCAAGUAGACACUGAACGUGAACGCAGGGCACUAGCAGUUAGAUGCAACAUGUUGGCUCACAGAUUUGCUCGUUGUAGCAGAGGAGUUAAAAUCACUUUAUUCAAAGCUUUUUGUACCUCGUUCUACACGGGCGGUCUGUGGGUUAACUGUACGCGGAAGGCUCUAGACGCCCUGCGGGUACAAUAUAAUAAUGUUUUCCGGCUGCUGUUAGGGCUGCCUAGAUACUGCAGUGCAUCGGGCAUGUUCGCUGAAGCACGGGUGGAUGAUUUCUAUGCGCUCAUGAGGAAGAAGGCUGCCUCGUUGCUAAGCAGAUCUAGGUCCAGCGCUAACAGCAUCCUACAAGUCUUGGCCGACAAGCAUGACGCUCCGGUGCUUAGGCAUUGGAUCGAGUUGCUUGUUAGGCAGACACUUAGAUCUUAG